ACACUCUAGACGAGUACGAACCGCCGCGCCGUGCCGGCUGUAUUAUAAUGACGAUCACUUUCGGUACAGGCUCGGGGACUCACGCUCGCUUUCAUCCCUGCAACGGUACAGAGACGAUCGCCUUGUGAGCCGUUAUACGUCUAUCCUGUCAGCCGUGUUUACAUCGACGCCGUUUACUACGACGAAUAAAGUUUUCUUCGAUAGUAGUAGACAUUAAUGCUGCCGUUGUGAAUGCGCGCCCGGUGUAGCAUUGCGAAACUCUACAAGUGAAGUUUAAAAAUACAUUGGCACAGUGCGGGGUGACGUCCGAACGAGAUGUGUACUUGCAGCAAAUUCUGUGACUUUUGGAAGAAUACGUGUGGAGCAGGCAUGUCAUUAGACGAAGGCAGACAAUCACAAAGGCCAUACAGGUAUGGCAUGGUGUUGUUAUGUGCGGGAGCGCUAAUCAACUGGCUGGGUCUGGCUGAAGACUACGCGGAACCGGUGCGAUAUGUGGGCGUGGCGUGCAUCGUCGCCGGAGCACUACUCAUCUGCGCGGCGAUGUGUUGCUGGCUGCAAUCUCCUGCUAGGCAGCCGCAAAACGAACGGGCUUCGACUGAUACACAUCAGAUCGACGAUCCCAUUCACGUAAUAUCAAUGCCAGACGAGGAGACGAUGCAACAAAAGCCGCCAGACUACGACACUGUGGCGGGAGCACCGCCAACGUAUGACGACGCCAUCAAACUGAAUCCAGCGCGACUGUUGCCGGCGUCGAGCAGCGCGCGCGGAGAGUCGGCCCGCAGUCCGAUGCCAGGAGACGCACCUGUGAUCCCAGGUCAACCUGAUGACGCGCCACCGCCAGCGCCCGUGGUCGCACCAGUUCACCGCUCACAGAUCCCGAAAACACCGCCGCCCCCGUACAAUCCCACGCACGCGAUCAGAUGAAACAUCGGGCGGAUAUCGCACUUUAAAUCGACUGUUGUUUCAUGUGAUGAGACUUGUUACAUCAUAUUGUCCCUAGCGACAAUGCAACCGGUAUUAUAAUGUUAAUGUGCGUACAUAUCUUUGAAGCGAUCGUUUUAAUUUAUAGUAGGUUAUCGAGAGCGAUGCGUACUUAUGUGAUAAUAUGAAAGUUGUUAGCUACUUAUAACUUCUCUGUACAUAAACGUUGUAAUUUUAGUGAUUUGUUGAAACGUGUAUUUUAGUAACGUAAGCGAGAAAAUCUCUUCCAAUUAUAUUAUAGUAAAUUGUGUUGCGCAAGUUCUUAGACUAGAAUAAACGAUCGAUGUUUACUUCGUUAAUUUUACAUAUAUCUGGAAAAACGUACGUAAUAACAUAUAUAUUUCGACAACAGGUUCCUAUAGAAUUAAAUACGCAAUCGAGAUUGGGAUUCCUAUAAAUAGUGCCAUUCAUGUGAACAGUCAUAUUGGUCUAGUGCCGUUUUUAGUUUAAAUCAUGUAUAGAUGUAGUGAGAAAUUAUUUUCCUUCGGGAAAACUCGGAUCUUUAUCGGAAUACGAUGACACCCGAACUGUCAAUGAAUGAUCGUAUUAAAUGACAUUUUCAUAGCCAUUAUUGUUUAGUGUCAAAUGUCAAAAUGAAUAAUGUCAUUGUACUGAAGCUAUUUGAGAGAGCACGAUAAAUACGAACUUUUCCGAAAAAUUACGAAGGUAAAUCUAUUCUCACUAUAUCUUUAACACAAAGUGCUAUGCACUUGGCACUCAACGACCCCUGUUAGGAUUUGACGCAAACAACAAACGUAUAAUUGUGAUUAACGAAUUUAUACAUAGAUGUCGUUUAAUAAUAUCAUAGUAUGACGAUAAGAGUUCAACUAAAUUAAUGAAUAGCGUGUGAUUUUAGAGUACUAGAUUAUUAUCAGUUUUAUCUAUUCUAGUCUUGACUAACGCAUGUUUUACUUAAUAAUUCCAUUAAACACAGGCAUGCUAAUUUAUAUUACGCACCUAAAUAUUUUGAGAUUGCAUGCAAUGAAAUUGAGCACAACCGUAGAACGAAUUAAAAAUACGACACGAUAGUACUUAAUGUUUAGAAAAUGAUUUUCUUAUCACAAUACUUAUAUGUAAGGUAAAUAAUUUGUAAAAUUUCAAAAGCUUUUCGAUUUAACGGAAACUUAAUAUGUAAUUAUUUUCCAGUAUUCCGUGCCAUUUCUUUUGAAUAUCUGUUUCCCACGUGUUAACCGCAGUGGAUUUGAAGUUUAAAAGAAUUCGUUAAUAACAUCAAUAAAAUGAGGAAUGUGAGAAAAUGUUCUUGUUAUCAGCUCAAGGAUGCCAUUGCUUUAUUUAAAUUGUAACAUUAAUUUAUAUUAAUACUUUCUUAAACACGUUUGUUAAGAAAAUUACGAAAAUAAUAAAUUUUAAACCCCUUUAAAAUCUGUUUAUUAGUACUUACAUUAGGAUACAUACACAUUUCUGUCAGUAUAUGUAAUGCGGUUUUAAUUAAACAUAUUGUAUAUUGUGAAGUAUGGCAUCCAAUUUAAAUCUAAGAAAUCGGCUCAUGAAACUUAGUGGGACCAAUUUUAAUUUUUUUAUAAGUGCUAUGAACUGGGAUAGUGCGUGCCUGCAAUCUUUAGGUGGACUUUACAAUGCUGAAGUUGUGCAUUUAUUAUCUGUACAUUGGCAGUUAUAACUAAAGUGUACAUAGAAAAUAUACUAUGUUAUUGAGAAGCAAA